AUGCUCCGCAACGGUGCCACACGAUUCGCCAGGUCGAUAACCGCGUCGGCUGCGCGUCCAUUCGCACCAGCUCCACGAGCGGCUCCUGCACGCCAAUGGGCAACACAGUUCGGAUCCCUAGCCUCGAAAAGACCACAGGCAGCACAGUUGGCACGCGUCACACCCACUCAAACCAUAAUCUCGCGUCGAAACCUUACGAAAGACCAGAAGAAGGCUGAAGAUCGAUAUGCACACGAGAAGCUGGAACCUACACCGGAGACCGUUUCCACAACUAGCUCCAUCCACCCUGUCUUUUCAGAACAAGGUGUUGAAAAUCCCGAGAAAGAUGUCGAUAUGAUGAAGGGCGUGAAGAGCGAUCUUGAAACCAUUCGCGAGACCUUCAGUCUGAAGGAAGUCCCCAGAGAGGCGUACUAUAUGGGUCUUGCAGGCACAAUUCCCUACCUCGCGACGUCCCUCGCUACAGUUAUCUGCGCAUACGACAUCAACCACGCUGUUGCCGGACAAGGCCUCUUCUUCUCAGAGCACACAGCUACGCACCUACUCCACCUCCUCGAGCCUGUCCAGAUUGGCUAUGGAGCGAGUAUCAUUUCAUUCCUAGGUGCCAUUCACUGGGGCCUGGAAUGGGCCAAGUAUGGAGGGGUCCAUGGCUACCCUCGCUACGCAAUCGGUGUCUUUGCUCCUAUGGCUGGCUGGAGCGCGACUGUCAUGCCCAUUGAGUCUGCGCUAAUCACCCAAUUCGUCAGCUUCGUUGCCCUUUACUUUGUCGACACUCGUGCUGCGCUCAAGGGCUGGACGCCUCCAUGGUUCGCUUCUACAGACCGCGAGUACCGAUUCAUCCUGACUUUCAUCGUCGGCGCCAGCAUUGUGAUCAGUUUGAUCGGUCGCGGAGAGGUUACUGCGAAGGUGGGGAGAAUGCCAGGUGCGGUUGAUCGCAUCAAUGCGCUGCGCGAAGGGUCCGCGGAGCGACUUGCGGAGGAGGAGGAGGCGAGAGUCGCAGCCAAGAAGGAUGCCGCGGCCAGCGAUGACAGGGGCGAGCACUGA